AUGGUUUUUGCACAUUUUAACUUAGUUCAGUGUUUACUUUACACCGUUCCCAUGGCCUUUUGGUGGCUUAUCCUUGUUUUUGGCGAAAUAUGUAGCACAAAUGGCUUCAGGGUGCAAAACUUGGGUGGCGAAUGGACGGUUCACGAAACCACCGGAAAAUAUAGCAACCUCUCCGCCAAGGUCCCGGGUGGCAUUUACACCGACUUAAUGCGAAACAAAAUCAUCGGUGACGUCUUCUAUGGAACCAACGAUACAGAGACCAGAUGGGUGGCCAAAACCAACUGGACUUACGAACGGGUUUUUUCAGUCGAUGAAACUUUUGUCCGACAUGCCACAAUUAACGUGGUGUUCGAGGGUUUGGACACUUUUGCCACCAUUUUAAUCAAUGGGGUUGAAAUUGGACGAAGCGAGAACAUGUUUCGUCGGUAUAUUUUUGACGUGACGAAAGCUUUAAGGAUCGGACAAAACACUGUUGUGGUGCGAUUUGUGUCCCCGAUAUUAAUGGCAAAGCAGUUGUUGUCAAACCACGGUUACAUGGUACCUAAUGCGUGUCAAACCGGUGUGAUCAGGGGAGAAUGCCAUAUUAAUCAAAUACGUAAGAUGCAUGCGUCGUUUGGGUGGGAUUAUGCUAUAGCGGUACCAUCCAUGGGGAUAUGGAAAGAAGUGUAUUUGGAAGGGUACGACACAGCUAUAAUUCGAUAUUUUCUUGUCGAUUACGAAGAAGAAUCCGAUUUCUGGUUGAUAAAGACUUCCACAUAUUUAGACUCGACGAGGAACACCACCAUCAAGGGAAAACUUACGUAUGAAAUCGAAACGGAUGACCACAACAUCACAAAAAUCGCAAAAAUUAAUCACCAAAUCAGGAACGACCUCAAAGUUGACUUUAAUUUCACAAUUCCCAAACUUGCAGUCCAAAAAUGGUGGCCCAACGGCUUCGGGAGCCAGAACUUGUACAAAGUGUCUGUGAAACUGAACACAACUAUAGACAUCAGCUACAUCAACACCACCAUAGGCUUUAGAAAAAUCGAACUAAUCCAAGACCCUAUAGGCUCUGGGUUUACUUUUUACUUCAAAGUCAACGACGUCCCGAUUUUUGCUAAAGGUGCAAAUGUAGUACCUUUCAACAUAUUGCCUGAAGAGAGCUACAAUCGUGACAGAAUUUCUGAGUUUUUAGAAAUCGCGCGUCGCUCUAACAUGAACAUGCUCCGCGUUAGUGGGACAAGCAUCUACGAAUCGGAUUACUUCUACCAGAAAGCAGACCAACUGGGACUCUUGAUCUGGCAAGACUUUCCCUUUGCACUGUUUUCAUAUCCCACGUACCCAGACUUUUUAGAAAACGUGAAAGCUGAAAUCCGGCAUCAGGUCAAACGGUUAAGUAACCACCCGAGUCUUGCUAUAUGGGCUGGUGGCAGCGAAACUGAGCUAGCCAUUUCUUACAACUGGUACGGCGUUAAAAGAAGAUUUAUGUUUUACAAAAAACAGUACAUUAAAUUGAUUAAGACCAUCCAGUCGGAAUUAUGGAGUAUUCAGCCGAAAGCGCUAUUCGUUUCGAGCUGUCCCAAUAACGGAAAGAAGGAUGAAGAAGUUGGGUAUUUUGUGAUGGAUCCUACUAGCACCUUAUUUGGAACUGGUAGUUACUACUUCUAUUUCACGAACACUCUCGACGUCAAAAGUCAUCCACUUUCGCGUUUUGUCAUUGAACAGGGCUACCUAUCUAUUCCAGAUGUUGAUUCUUGGAUGACUGUUACAGACGACGUGACAAACUUGUAUCAAGAUGGUAUUUUCGUAGAACACAGACACCAUUCAAAUUUGGGAGCGUACAAUUUGUUGACUACAAUUGUUCCACAGUUAGACAUUUCGAAUCACAAAGAAUAUAAAAUGUUUAUAUUCUACUCUCAAAUUGUUCAAGCUUUGUCUGUUAAGCUUGGAGUUGAAUACCGGCGCAGUUUUAUGGCAAGAGUCACCAGUUCUGGUGAAGGUUAUUCCAUGGGGAUACUUUUUUGGUCUUUGAAUGACGUCUGGGUGGCACCUUCGUGGUCUGCUAUAGAUUAUACCGGCAAAUGGAAAAUACUGCAAUACUUUGUUAGCGAUUUUUUCGCCCCGACAAUUAUAACUGGGUUCAUAGAUUCUUUCAGAAACCUUCAAAUUUAUGCAGUCAGCGAAAUUCCACGUUUGAGGAAUUCAACGAUGGACGUGACGGCUGUGGUAACCGUAUACAAAUGGACUUCAUUUGAACCCGUCCACACCAUGAGGAUCAACGCAACUCUGGAAUAUGGUAAAGGUACCCAAGUUGCCCAAAUCGAUAGAGAUUUAUACCUCCGGAACGUCGGUUGUGGUUCUUUUGCGACAGCCAGCACAAACUGCUUUUUCCACCUCACUCUGGAAUCCGAUGGUGACGUAGUAGCACCACAUAAUUUAGUUUUGGCCACAACAUUGAAAUAUUCGAAAUUCCAAAAAACAAGGGUUGAAAUAGUGUCCACAAGGAAGAUCCGUGGUACGAAGUUUGAAAUAAGUGUGAAGUGUGAUGGAAUUAGUCUCUUUGUGUGGUUGAAUUCCAAAAUUAGUGGCGAAUUCAGUGAAAAUGGCUUCACUCAAAUUGUUCCAGUGAAAAAUGUUACUUUCGAAGCCAAAAAGAAAAUUUCUUUGAGUGUGUUCAAGGAGUCGUUGACUGUCAUUCAUCUGAAUAGUGAUGAAUAUUACAAGUUUUAA